AUGGAGUAUUAUAAACUACGCAAAUUAGACGAAACUAUACCUUCAAAAAAACAGAAUCAAUUCGCACCUAGACACCCAUUUAGAUUAUUGGUUGCGGGCACCUCUGAGUCUGGAAAGACGAGCAUGGUAGUACAUCUGCUCCUAGGAAGUAAAUAUCCAAAAAUAUAUCCGUGUAUGUCUGGUGAGAAACAUGGUUAUAAAAUACCAAAAGGAGGGAGCAAAAAUUUUGGUGAAAGGUAUAUUCCAUCUAUGGAUAAGCAAGCUCCAUGGUACGAAAAUGUGAGAUUCAAGCUGAUCGGGCCUGAAGAGUUACCUGAUAUUUCAUCUUAUAAAGAAACAGGCCGAUUCACUCUUAUAAUCCUUGAUGAUCUUGCCGGUGAACCUUUAGCAACACAACUGAAAAUCAUACCUUUCUUUAGAUCAGGUAGACAUGAAGGAAUUAAUGUAAUUUAUAUUGCCCAACGUUUUUAUGAAACCCAUCGCGCAAAUCUUAAAUAUAUUUCACUGCACCGUGGAUGUGGAACAUUAGAUAGUAUAAAGCGAAUUCUUAAGGAUAUGUAUGAUGAUUAUGAGCCUCUAGCAAAAAAAGUCUAUAAAGUAAUAAAAAAACACUUCGUAAUUAUUGAUAUCCGAAGACCAUCUGAUGAUCCCUUAUCAAUUCGAUUUAGAUGGGACAAGCCUUUAAAGGACUAG